AUAUAAUAAUAAAAAUGGAGAAGAGAUUUUACAAAACUUGUUCAAAACAUGCUUAUUAUUAAUAUAUUAAUAGAUUUGAUCCAAAAUUAUUGGCUACAUAUUAGACUGGAUAUUAUCAUGGACUAGGAAGAUAGUAAAUUUAAUAUUAAAAAUAAAAGGGGAUUAUUCAAAACAUUAGUAUUGAGAUAAGCAGGUGAUAGCAUUGGAAUGGAAGAGGAUCACAGUUAUACAUAUAAAAUGCAUGUGAUUGCUAUGAAUUUAAUGUAUAGAAGUGGUUGGGUGUUAUUUGCUUACAUUAUAAUAUGGAAUACAUUUUUAUUAGGAGAUCCUUGUUAAGUAUUUAAAUAAUAUUUAAUACAUAAUAGGUAUUUAAUACAUCAUAUUGGGAUUUGGCUUGUAAACCAUCAGGAGAUAUGGAUUAUAAUACAAGAUAUGAAAUGUUGUAUGUUUAAGACAGAGUGUUAAGAUUCUGAUUCAUUAAAUAUAUUAAUAUUAUUAUUAUAUUAAUCAUUCUCAUUUCUUUUAGUUUCCACUUGAUCCUGGUGGCCAUGUUAAUUAUUCACCUCCAAUUAUAUGUAUAUGUAAAUGCCAAACACUUUANCUUAUUGACAGAGUCUUAAUUUUAUGAUAUAGUGAGUGUAAAGGAAUAGAAAAAUUCAUUUAAGGGGGCAUUAGUUUAAAAUAUAAGUAAACAUAUAACAGGUGUAUUUAUAUCUUUGUUUACAAUAUUUAUGUAACAUUUUAUGUUAUCAUAUAUAUUUUUGGAUAUCUUAUAAAUAAAGUUGGCUUUUAUUUAAAGUCUUUUAAUAGGAUUAUUAUCAUUAACAUAGAUAGUUGAUCCAGGAUUCACAUUUAUUUUGAUAACAGCAAUAUGGUGGUUUGCUGGAUUUAUAAAAGAUUCAGUUCAUGAAUUUUGUAUAAAUGAUGGAUUAACUAUAAUAUUUGGUAUAGGAUUUUAUUUUUCAUCUGGUUCAAUAUAUUUGAAUACUUUUAAAUAGUAAUUAGGAGAUGCAUAUUGGAGUGCAAUGUCUGUAAUAUUGGGAUAUAUUUCAUUUUAAUGGUAAGGAUUAUUGAUUGGUCCAUUAUUAAUAGGUGGUGUAAGAACUCUUUAUGAAAUAUUGGCUUGGUAUUGGGGGGAGAAGGAUUUGAAAGAUGAAGAAACAAUAUAGAAUAAAAAUGAUAGUGGAAAAGCAAUAGAAAAUAAAGUAAGUGAUAAUAAGAGUAAUUUAAGUAAGAAAGAAAGAAAGAAAAAGAAGGAUUGA